UUCCUUUAAUUCUCUUUUUGGCUUCUUUAAUUCUGGUAACUUUGGUUCUCACCUGUUGCCAAUAAGGUUUUAAUUCGGGCUCCAAACUCAGCAUUGAGUUUUGGGCUAAUGACUUCAGCAAGAGGUUCCUCACUUCGGAAAUUUACUUGUUCUAGGCUUUGAAAAAAGCAAACAUUUUACCACAUACUAAAAGCUUUUUCGUCUGACACUCCUCAGAGUGUAAAACGUCAGAAUAAGGAACCGAAAGAACAAGAUGAAAAAUAUAGACCCAGUCGUGGAUUAUAAUAGGCCAAUCAGUAUAAUUCACAAUCUUUGGCACAAUCUGGGUUAUCUAAAAGAUUUUGUCCAAUGGCAGAAUGACUUGUUUUAAUGGUGUUUUUAGACCUCCAAGAUCAAGGGGGCAGUUCUCUUUGGGGGGGGGGGCAGUUUUGUUUCUUAUGUUGGAAGGACCGUGUUGUUAUAUCCUAACCCCUAAUCCUUGGGUAGUGCGUCAAACAUAGCCAAAAUCACACUAGCGCGUAAAUUCUUAAAAAAAGAACUCUUGAUCGGAAUCUUAGUUCCGGUAAGAACGGAAUCCUUUUGAAUGGAUGGAAGGGCUUUCUUAGUACUGUUAACAACACGAGAAUUGACAGGAAAGAAACAUUUUGUGAUGGCCUGCUGAAUCUGUUUUUCAAAUCGCAAGGAAUUGUUUCCAAUCCGUGGUAGUUUAAGAUAACAAAAAGUUAAGAUAACAAACUUCUGGACAACCAAGAAUCUUGGCAGCUUUUUUGCAAGAGUACCUUUUUGAUUGAAAUUUUCUGCUAGUGGAAGAGCUUCUCUCUCAAGGUCUAACUCAACUUACAUCAUUUUGAGCAGCUGUCUCUCAUUUUUUGCCUCGACAAAAUUGCAAUGAUUACUUUGAAACUCAUCAGCUGCUCAACUAUUUGCUUGUUCAGCUUUUACAAGAGCUCUUUCCAAUUAUAUUUUCUGUAUAAAGUAAGAGUAACGUAAGCUUAGAGUUACUACUGAUGAACCUUUGUAUUAAAACGUCAACAAGCUUUAUCAAAUGCUAUUAAAAAUGACAUUGCUUAAUUUCACUAUGUUUGCUCAGCAAUCUUGUCUCGAAGAGAGUAAUAACUGGUCCAUAUUUGAUUUCCCUUAUUAUGUGUAAAUCUACGGCGUCGUUUUCCCUCUGCCAAAUUAAGCAGCCUUCUUCAACUUGGUGUUUCUGUUCGUCUCUUGUCAACUGUUGUUUCAGUGGGCGUACAAUGCACAAACAGAGGCUAUGAGUUCACGCUAGGUUUGUAUGAAAGUCCAGUUGAGUUUAUGUGACUGUUGUAACAUACGCCUGGAGAAAUGAAUGUUCUUUCAAAUGUUGUAUACACAUGAAGUAAUGGACGAUUUUCGCAUCAUUGCGACAUAAUUGAAAUCGAUACGAAAGAGAUAUAUUGCUUUCUUUCAAGAUGCCUUGCUUUCAGAAGACGUUGACAUGUUCGGAAAGGAUUUCAAGGCUCAAGAACAGAAAUGGCAUCUAUGUUGAUGACAUCGUUCUAUGUUGAUGACAUCGUUGGAAAUCGAUUUACUGCGAUUUAAUUUUGAUUGAAAUGCCAUUUGUUGCAUUGGCAUCCGUUGUUUCCAACAGCAAAAUAAUUUUUGAUCGGUGGAUGUUUUCUGAAAAGAAAACAAUUGAAUUAUCUGGCCUAUGGUCAAUUGACAUCUUGACAAGUGUUUCACGAGAUAUCGCUAACUUGAUUUCUACUGGAUAGAACACGGGGCAGCUGCUUUCUUCUCAAGAAUUAAUGUGCCUUGCCGACUAUGAAAUGUGCUUAACUUCCAGUCAUCUUUUUUUCUAGAUUGGAAUAUUGUUUAAUAUUUUUAAUAACUUUCAUAACAACCUUUCGAAAGUAGACUAGCUUUCGUCAUCUUCCCGGUCUGAUUAAAGAUUCACGCCGUUAAACUCUCUUAGUCGCGUCUAUCGUCAUUUACAACGCCUAACUUGCCUAUCUGGCUCAUUUCGCUGUUACGAAAUUAAUCCCGAUAACAAAGAUUUGCACGUAUCUAUAGGGACAUUGGUAUUGCACAAGACUUUUCAACGAACUAUGAACAUAUCAAUUUUGGUGGCAUGAAGUGCUUUUGGCGUUGGCUUUGAAAAACUUGGUUAUAUUCGAUCAUUCUAUUGUUUUGAAACAGCUUGAAAAAUAGGGUUGAAGAUGAAUUUCGUGGAGGUUACAAUUUACGUACAGGCGAUAUUGUUUAAAGUCACUGUGAGACACAGAGGAGGGUAACUUGAUGAAAUUUUCACCAAGAAAGAUUCAACCCAUAAGAAUUCAAUGUAACCUAUCAAACCAAUGAUAUUCGGCAUACUUGAUCGAUCGAAGGAAACCGUUUUAAAAAGAAUUUGCGACUUUCUUUUGAACGUCUUCAUCCAUCAAAGCCAGGGACAAGAACUUCCAUAUUCGUUGAGCAGCACAAUGACCGAAUCGCUAAUAACAAGCAUCGUUAACUGCACUUCUGUAGAGGCGCCAAGAGUAUUAUCAAUCUUUAGCGCAACAGCAACUACAGUUUUAGGCCCAGUCAUAAUAAUAGGCAAUUUUCUUGUUGUUUUCUCAGUUUACCGAGAUCCCAAUAAAGAUCUAAGAACGGCGUUCAACUUCUUCGUUGUCCAUCUGGCAAUCGCUGAUUUGCUUGUCGGCCUUUUGGUAUGCCCUUUGUCUGUCGCCACACAUAUAGCCGAGGCAACGGGAAUGGUAUCUAAAGAUUUAAAAACUCUCCGUCAAUCAUUACACUUGAGUUAUUUUCUCUCCGUUUCUGCCUCUUUGCUGAACCUUGCAGCCUUGUGUAUUGAUCGCGUCAUUGCAAUUCGGUUUCCAUUUAUGUACCGGGUUGAUCUGUCUUGCUGGCAUCACGUGAUUUCAGCUGUUAUAAUAUGGCUCACAGCUAUAUGUGUAUCAUUCGUGUACUUUCAAAUAGGGUACGAGCGAAUGGCGAUGAUAAUGGCCAUUAUCAGCGUGCUCUUCACGUUCAUCGUCAUGAUUUCAACGGUAUGCUUAUUAUAUGUGUCGGUAAAAAACCGCGGAAAGGACCAAUCGUUCAACUUGGCGAGGUCUGCUGAUAUAGCAGUGAUCCCCCUGCAACGACUCAAGUCAAGAAGCUCCAAAGAGCUGCAAGAUGUAAAAAAGGAUCCAUCGAUAGAAAAGCAAGUCUGUAGUGAAAAAUAUAAGGACAUGACGUCACAAUUGGGCAGUGAUGUGAGACAGGUUGUUGUUAGGGGAAGAGAAACAACACAAGGAGUGCUUAUGGAUAGUGAUGAAAUAAGUAGAAAACUCAAAGCAUGUCGUUCAUUAGGCUCACAACUGGAUCGCAAAGCACAAAUUCACCGCCUAGAGAGACACGAAUUGAAGCGAGUCAGAAGUGUCGAUGUCUUAGACAGUUCAGCGCCGAAGGCUGACCAGUUGACCAAGGAAAGGCACCCUACACAACUUGAGCACACAAGUGUUUUGCUAAACCAAGAUUUCACAGUCAUUAAACCCGAAAACGAUGUGUAUUCUGCAGUUGAAAUCGACUUCUUCGACAAAAUUAGAAGCAGAAAAGAGACAUUUUCUGAUAACAAUACUCAAACAGUACACGAUGAAAAUCGUAAGCGCAAGGAAGCUCGUCGAGUCAAAGGCGAAAAGAGAAUUACAGAGGCAAAGUAUAAAUAUGGCUCAGUUGAGGAAGCCCACCCCAAAGCUGAGAUGCAGCUGGGAUCAUUUGUUAGCGAGGAUGGGGAACGGACAGGAAGACUGUAUCGUAUGUUUCGAAAGAAAUCCUCAAAUCUAGCUGAUUCUUUGUCCCAGUCGGUGCGAAUGCACUUCUCCGUCAAUAAUAUGCACCGUAAGCUGGUGCUGACUCUUUUGACAAUGUUGUCAGCGUUUUUGGUUUGUUUCGUUCCUUCUUGUGGCAUGGUCAUCUACCUUAACACCUCGGGUGGAGAAUGUGGACUAAGACAUUGGAUGAGGGACCUCAGUUUUCUACUGGCUGUCGCCAACUCGGCGAUGAAUCCUUUCAUAUAUGCUUGGAGGCUUCCAUCUUUUCGAAAAGCCAUUAAGAUGAUUGUGUGCUCUAAGGGGAGAAACCAGAUACGACCUCGCGGUUGUCCGGACAAUGUUGCUGUCUUAUGAACUAUAAUAGCUUUCUGACAGUGUACCUGGAUUGGAUUGAAUUGGUUGGUUAACAAAGACUUCAGUACUUUACACGAUUUCGGAAGCAAAAUGUACAAAAACAUGACUGUAAUUCAAGCAUCUGAAGGGCUCUUCAAUUUUUUCUCUAAGAUUUCUUUAAUUAUUCGCUCAAGCUUUAUUUUCUAAUUUUUCAUUCGUUCUCUAUUCACGACCAUUAAUGAGUGUUUUUAGGAGACCUAGAAAUGCAAAGUAUCUUAUUGUCUACGAAUGCUGUUUCUAUUUCAAGCAUGUUAGCUAUUAUUGUUCAUUGUUUCUCUCAGAGGUAUCACUGUGUCCUAUUCCACCUGGAAUUGUAUAGAUAUUAUUAGUACCAAAAUGUGACGUCAUAAAGCUUCUAUUUUAGAUUUUUUGACUCACACCACAUAACCUUAAAGACUUCAAGAAAGACUUCUUAAUGUGCAAAAUCAGUUACACCUGUUGACUGAAAUAUAGCAAGUAAAUGAUCUGUUUUGCUAAUGGAUUGAUGCUGUUUUGGCCUGGUUCGUGGAUUUUAGAACCAAACCCAGACAUAAUCACAGUGCAUUGCUAGAGAAAGAGCAUUCGCUAAAAGGUUGAAAGGUUUAUUGAUUAAGAGGUUAAGAGGUUGAAAGUAUCUAAAACGGUUACAGGUAAUGACCUAUAGUAACUCUGCUAAGGCAUGUUCACAUUAUUUUGUCCUUCUCAUUCAUUCCAUCACAUUCUUACAUCAUAGCAUAAGCAUCCACUACGUCACUGGCAAGUUCACUUCUCUGCUAAUCUCUGUUAUUAACUUUCUCCUCGCCGCACUAUUCAUUUCACUCAUCACCUUAACCCGCCCAUCUGGUCAUUCUAUACAGUUAUUGUAUAUAAGUAUGUUAACUUUACUUAGAAUUUAGAUCAGAUCUACCAUCAAGUUCUUCGCAACACGACUUGACUUUCUCUGGUUUUGUAUUCUCUGGCUGCGUGUUCUCUGGCUGCGUGUUCUCUAGCUGCGUGUUCUCUGGCUCCGUGUUCUCUGGGUGCGUGUUCUCUGGGUGCGUGUUUUCUGGCUGCGUGUUCUCUGGCUCCGUGUUCUCUGGGUGCGUGUUCUCUGGGUGCGUGUUCUCUGGGUGCGUGUUUUCUGGCUGCGUGUUCUCUGGCUGCGUGUUCUCUGGCUGCGUGUUCUCUGGCUGCGUGUUCUCUGGCUACGUGUUCUCUGGCUCCGUGUGCUCUGGGUGCGUGUUCUCUGGUUGCGUGUUCUCUGGAUGCGUGUUUUCUGGCUGCGUGUUCUCUGGCUGCGUGUUCUCUGGCUGCGUGUUCUCUGGCUGUGUGUUCUCUAGCUGCGAGUUCUCUGGCUCCGUGUUCUCUGGCUGCGUGUUCUCUGGCUGCGUGUUCUCUGGCUGCGUGUUCUCUGGCUCCGUGUUCUCUGGCUCUGUGUUCUCUGGCUCCAUGUUCUCUGGCUCCGUGUUCUCUGGCUUCGUGCUCUCUGCAUGUGAAAUAAAAUCAAUAAAGAUGACAACAAAAGUUCAUAGGGGUUGAGACACGUAGCGAUAUUUAAGAGCAUCACAAAGUUUAAAGGAGAUUUUCCAAUAUUUUUGUAAAAUAUGAGACUUGUAGCAAGUCCAGCGUCCAUCACAGGAACCGACUUUUGAUUUGUCUAGAGGUGGCCCAAAGUUUGAAAUGAAAAUAUUUUGAGAAAAGGGGCCAAUAUAAUUUCAAUGAUUUUAAUAAUAUAAUUCAAUUUCAACAGUUUACUGCUUACUUACGUUAAGUUAAUGUACAAAAAAGGUCCUAUUGAUAGCGGAUCGUGACUGAUCGUGACUACUAAAAAACCUACUUUGUUUUUCCACCUCUUAAAUUGAGAAAGUAUUCUGCUUUUUGCAGUAUUAAAAAUCUGCCAGAAGUGGCUGAUCCACUUCUGAAGAAUUAUCUGGUGAGGGCCCGUGCCCUAAAGGCCCCUCGUAGUUGGCGCCUAAAUGUUUCUUGAGCCACACAAGAAACAGCUACUAAACCUUAUAACCUAGUCUUGGAAAGGCAUAGCAUAAGAGGCACCGUAAUUUUGAUAGUCAAAAGUUUGAUAGUCCAGUCAUUAAUCCAACUUAAAUUCAUUCAAAUUAACGGGUGUCGUUUUCGAUAUCUUUUCACUUGCAUCAUUUUCGAUAUUUUCCAACUCUUGUUAUGAUGACCCCAAUAGAUCGUGAUUCUAUCUUGGGAACUUGACCAUCAACUUGACGAUUCGAAAUUCAUGAAGCUGCUUCAUUUUGAAUUUUUUUAUUCGUUAUAUCGUGCUAAUUUGUGGCAUAAACCGGAUUUUUUUAU